AUAAAUAAAUAAAGAAGUAAAUUAUUUAGAUUAAUUUUAUCAAUUAAUUAAUGGCAACAUUUAUUUUUUAAAUAUUUUUGCUACAUUUAAAAUUGUAUUUAUUUAUUGAUUAUGACAGUAUUAUUAAACAGAUGUGCAGUAGCAGUGUUUCACCACCAGAGGUCAGUGAACGUCUCACCAGGCUCUCUCUCUCUCUCUCUCUCUAGUCUGUCUUUCCUCUCUCUACCUCCUCUCUUCUUCCUCUCUCUACCUCCUCUUCUUCCUCUGCUGCUCUACUCAUCAGUCUGGACUCCACCGCUCAGAGGUUACACAUGUCCACCUGUCUGUCUGUCUAACCUGUCUGUCUGUCUGUCUGUCUGUCUGUCUCUCUGUCUUUCUGUCUUUCUGUCCUUCAGCAGCAACAUGAAGAAAAGGCAAAGCUUUUGGUUUCUGCUCUGGGUAAGACUUCAUAUCUGCUUUUAGUGUUCAUUCAGUCAUUAAAUCUGUAAAUUAUUAAUUAUUAUUGUUUCCUUUAUUUAAUUACUUUACUCUGAAAAUCUUUAAUAUAAUUUAAAAUACAUCUUAAUGAUUUUAUUUUACUGGAUAUAAUGUUGUCUCUGUCACCGUCUCCUCUUCUUCAGCAUGAUUUAAAUUUAUUGAUCUAUCUACUAUAUUACUGAUCUGCUGUAUUAUUGAUCUAUUGUACUAUUGGUGGACUGUGAGUCAUUCGUUGUUGUUGUUGUUUCCAGAUGUGUGUCAGCUGCGUCGGUCCGGCGUGUUGUUGGCACGACCUGGACAACAGCGAGUACGACUGCUGGCCGCUGGACGAACCCAACGAAUACAACAUGAUCAAGUGUGGAGGUCUGGAGAUGGCCUGGGUGGUCCGGCCUCCAGAGACGGUGAAGAGCGGCGAGGCGUUCUAUGUCACGUACUCGGUAACGGCCGGAGACUCUUUCUACCAGUGGGCUGUGGAAAACCACAUCUUCACAAACAGUUCCAUAUUAAACGCCGAAGCAGCUCGGAGGUUUUGUGAACAUCUCGACUGUCCGGCCAACUGGAAAGACGCCGACGGAGAAAACUGCUGCAUCCAUCACGCCAACAUCCACUCCUGUCCGCUGGGACACAUGACAGAGAGUAUCUGCGGUCCCUGGAUACCUGACGAUGGGAAAAUCUUCACACACACCCUCUCUACCGCCGGCAAGAUGACCCAGACCAACUGGACCGCCAAGGUGGUUCUGAUGCACUCUGGUUUAACCUCGCUCAUCGCUCACAUACGAGUCGGUCUCAUGCAGGUCGCUCUGGAGGCCAAAAGCACCGUGCAGCCGGCUGUAGUGUGUGGUGAUGGCGUCUGCGAGGAGGCGGAGCUUUGCUCCACCUGUUCAGCUGACUGUGGUGAAUGCCCGAUGACCCCGACCACCAAGCUGGCCAUCGGCCUGCCGCUCAGCCUGCUCUGUCUCUGCUUCUGUCUGACCGCCGUGUGGCUGAGGUACCAGAAACAGAAGCUUCUGUGGGACGAGAGCUGGAUCAUCGACUUCACUAAGAUAAAACAAGAUCAGGAGGCUCGUAUGACCAUGGGCAGCAUGAUGAGUGUACCGGUGGGGAACAGCGACAGUAACACCAGCUGUGUGACGGCUCUCAGCUGCUAUACGGGACAACCAGGGACCCGGAAAACACCCUUCACCUGCACCGGGAUAUAUGACGGCAGGACGGUGGCCAUCAAGAGGAUCCAAACAAAGACCUUCUCUCUGUCCAAAACCGUCAGACAGGAAGUCAAACAAGUCAGAGAGCUCGACCACCCCAACCUCUGUAAGUUUAUCGGCGGGUGUGUUGAGGCGCCUAACGUUGCCAUAGUGACGGAGUACUGCCCAAAAGGAAGCCUUAACGACGUUCUUCUUAACGAGGAGGUCCCUCUUAACUGGGGCUUCAGGUUCUCGUUCGCUACGGACAUCGCCAGAGGGAUAUCGUACCUCCACCAACACCGGAUCUGUCACGGCCGACUCAAGUCUCUGAACUGUGUCUUAGACGACCGCUGGGUCUGCAAAAUAACAGAUUACGGGCUGAGGUUGUAUCGCCGGGACGACGGCGCCGAGCCUCUUUCCACCUAUCAGCAGAGACUCUUGGAGGUGUACAUGCCGCCGGAGUUUCAUAACUCCAACAUGGAGCCGACGCUGGCCGGAGACGUGUUCAGUUAUUCCAUCAUCCUGCUGGAGAUUGCCACUCGCAGUGACCCCGUCCCAGCGGAGGAGUCCAGCCUGGAGAGCGCCUGGUGUCCUCCUCUACCGGAGCUGAUCUCCAGUAAAGCCGACAGCACCUGCCCCUGUCCUGCCGACUACGUAGAGCUGAUCCGGCGAUGUCGCUCUCACAACCCCGUCCACCGACCCACCUUCGAACAAAUCAGGAAGUUUGUUAACCGGAUCAACCCGAUCAAAGUCAGCCCCGUGGACAUGAUGAUGAACCUGAUGGAGAAGUACAGUAAACAUCUGGAGGUGUUGGUGGCUGAGAGGACUCAGGAUCUGAUGCACGAGAAGCAGAGGACCGACCGGCUGCUUUACAGUAUGCUUCCUAGACAGGUAGCUGAUGACCUGCGGCAGGGCAAACCGAUGCAGGCUCAGAGCUACGUCAGCGCCACCAUCUUCUUCAGUGACAUCGUGGGCUUCACUCAGCUGUCCAGCAGCAGCACUCCUUACCAGGUCGUGGACUUCCUCAACAAGCUCUAUACGACGUUCGACGACAUCAUCGACAACUACGACGUCUACAAGGUGGAGACCAUCGGAGACGCCUACAUGGUGGUGUCCGGCGUCCCCAUUGAGAACGGGAUCCUCCACGCCGCCGAGAUCGCCAGCAUGGCUCUGGACCUGGUGGGCGUCUGUCGCACCUUCAGGAUCCCCCACAAGCCCGGCACGCAGCUGCAGAUCCGAGCCGGGAUACACUCCGGUCCGGUGGUGGCGGGCGUCGUGGGGACCAAGAUGCCUCGGUACUGUCUGUUUGGAGACACGGUGAACACGGCGUCCAGGAUGGAGUCCACCAGCCUCGCCCUGAAGAUCCAGUGCAGCUCUAGUACGUUCUACCUGCUGGAGGAGAUCGGAGGCUACCUGCUGGAGUGCAGAGGAACGCUGCAGGUCAAGGGGAAGGGAGACAUGGUGACUUACUGGUUGGAGGGGAAGAAGACGUCUCUGGUCUCCAAGGACGACAGGACCACCAGACCCGUCACCACGGAGACGGAGGCGGAGGCGGAGGCGGAGGCAGGCGCGGAGCUGUACUCGUCCAUACCGGGGUUCCUGGGCGACGACGACCUCCUGGACCCGGCCUGACCCGUUGGUGUUCCUGAAGUAUAAUAUCCACAUACUUUACUUUACUUGAGUUUUUUCAUUUAUGCUGCUUUCUCCUAAUAAUAAUAAUAUUGUAUUUUUACCACAUUAAUCUGACGUUUGACUUUGAAAACACAUCAACCGUUUAUAAAAUAUAAGUUAUAUAAUAUAUGUUUCAGUUGAGUUCUUGUGUAUGUUCAGUCUUUAAUGUUCACGUUGUUGUCGGAGAUGUAGAAUAUAUAUGUUAUAUAUUUAUAUAUAUAGAAAUAUUCACGCCUGCUUUUAAUGCUAAUUAAUUUGUGUUUUCUAAAAUUACUUUUUUUCAUAAUUCCAGUGAAGCAAACUGUUUUUAUUCCUUCUCUUUAGUUUCUGAAACAUUUUUAAACAAUUGAUUUACAUUAAAUAAAUAUAUAUAUUCUCACUGCAACAACAGAUUUAUUAAUAAAAAAUAAUAUUUAUAUAAUAUAUCAAGUGAUUAUCAGUUCAGUAGUUCCCUGAUUGAUUAUUGAUUAUUGAUAUGUGUGUAUCUGUGUGUUAUUAACGGGUUUAUUGAUCCACUGUUGGAGGAAAAUGUGUUUAAAUGUUGAAUUUUCACCAGAAAACAUUAAAAGAGAAAAUCAG